AUGAUCAUAAAGUUGGAGUUUUGAAGCUAUUUCCUGUAAAAUAUCGAUUCUAGCAACUGUUCGGAGUGUCGGAACAGCUUGGAAGAAGAAGCUGUAAACGCUGUCCGUGAAUUGGAGUACGCAGUGAAGACAGUUUGCAUCUCCGAACUUCUCCCACGAACUGCCCAGUUGCUUUUUCUCAACCUCACAACUUUAGAAGGCCAAACCUAUUGUAUAGAGCUCACAGGUUAGCAAUUGAAAAAGGGUCGCUUUUCCAUCGUUUUUUUUCAGAAAGAGGAUGGCGAAUCGCGAGUAAUCGACAAGACUGUAUGAACGGAGAUUUCCGUCAGCUUGCUAUGUAUACGCAAUAUUUUGAAACUCUUUAUGCUUUAUUGGAUACUAUUUCCCCGUUAUACAGGUAUUUUUUUUCAAGCUAAAAUCUAUUUUAUGCCUACUUUUGCAGAGAAAAGUUUAGCGAAAGUUUGAGUGCUCGUCUUAAUUCGUUGGCCGCCACGCAGAAACCCGCCCAAGAAUGA